UUCAUCCUCAGAGACACACUAAGCACCUAGCCUGGAGCAAAACACCUAAUUGGACUAACGGCACUAAGGAAGCUGCAUCUUUGAACUGGAUUAAAACCUUCUUGGAUAUUUAUUGAGUGAGGAGGGGUAUGCUGACAGGCUCACCUCUGAGAACGUUUAUGGCCAAAAGCUCCUCAGCAGCAGAACUUCUCCCAAAGACCUGUCUGAUUCUUAAGAAAACCUGAAACUUCUCUUCAUUAUACUGUAAAGAAAUAAAGAUGGUUGUGGUGAAAGCGAGUGACAUGGUUCCCUCCGCGGGCAUCAAGUUCUUUGGAGCAGGUACGGCGGCUUGCAUCGCUGACCUCAUCACCUUUCCUCUGGAUACGGCCAAAGUCAGGCUGCAGAUCCAGGGUGAGUCUCAGAGACCUGAAGGACCCGGCGCAGUGAGGUACCGGGGAGUGUAUGGCACCAUCAGCACCAUGGUGCGCACAGAAGGAGCCAGGAGUCUUUACAACGGGCUGGUGGCCGGUCUCCAAAGGCAGAUGAGCUUCGCCUCGGUUCGGAUCGGACUUUAUGACUCAAUGAAGCAGUUCUACACCAGAGGCACUGAGAGUGCUGGGAUCGUGACCAGGCUCAUGGCAGGCUGCACCACAGGAGCGAUGGCUGUGGCUUUUGCACAACCGACAGACGUGGUAAAGGUGCGUUUCCAAGCCCAGGUGCGGCUGGCUGAUGGUGAGAGGAGAUACAACAGCACCCUGGAUGCCUACAAGACGAUUGCCAGAGACGAAGGAGUCCGGGGACUUUGGAAAGGUUGCAUGCCAAACAUCACGAGGAAUGCCAUCGUAAACUGUGCUGAACUGGUCACCUAUGAUAUGAUCAAAGAACUUAUCCUGAAGUAUGACCUAAUGACUGACAACCUGCCGUGCCACUUCACAGCGGCCUUCGGUGCCGGCUUUUGCACCACUAUAGUGGCGUCUCCUGUGGACGUGGUCAAAACACGGUUCAUGAACUCAGGAGAUGGUCAGUACGCCAGUGCCAUCAACUGCGCUCUGAACAUGUUGAGAAAUGAAGGACCUGCAGCUUUCUAUAAAGGAUUCAUGCCAUCUUUUCUGCGACUGGGAUCUUGGAACAUCGUCAUGUUUGUGACAUAUGAACAAAUUAAAAGAGGAAUGACCAGAGCACAGCAGUACUGGGAGUCACCGUUCUGACUGCAGAUCGCCGGGCACCCAAACCACCCAAAUUCAGGCAUACUAAAGUCCUGACAUGUGGCAGGAAGUUGUGAAAAGAACUGUGCAAUGAGGCUGGAGGCGAAAAAGGCCCUACUUAAGGAGUUAUUUGGUGAUCGGCUCUGUGAAGUCAAAGGUUGAACCUCAUGGACUCUGUGCCUGGAGAAUCAGGGACAUUCCUGAAAGACUGCAAAAUUUGCAGAUUGCGGCGCAAGGACUCGUUUCAUGGACUGAUGUGAUUAGUGCUUCCAAUUGGAUCGAAGUAUAGCAGAUUUUUGCUCGCCAGACUAUUUGAUGUAGUUCUAUGUUUACAAAGGCUGAACCUUCCAGUCACAUCAAUGACAUUGUUGCAUAAGGAUGACUUAAUCCUUAGAAGAAUCCUUCCAAGAAAAUGGAGACCAUUUCAUCUGUGCCAUACCUUCAUCAUGGGUAUCGCUGAAAACGUUUACACUGUUGAUCUUUGCUUUGGGUCUUUUCAGUCAGGAGUAGAUUGUUGAAUGUAAAGUGAGCACUUGUUUGAUUUAUUGCUGGUCAAUGGGUCAUCAAAGCAUUUUGCACAGUCAAAGACAGCUGCAGCUAAAAGUGGGUUUUGUCUGGAACAGAAUCAAUGUUUUUUAGUUGUAACUUGGUAAUAAACAAAUGGAAAGAUUAUUGCACUAUUAAAUAAAAAAUACUGUACUAGCAAGGCU